AAGUAAGUCUUCACGCAUCUUUUUGGGGCAAAAAGCCAUCGUCCGUAACGCGUUUUCUUCAGUGCUCUUACUCCUUGUAAGCUUCAAAAUUCUCGAUAUAAGGGAUCCUUUAAGGGAAGAUCCCUCUAUGCCUUCUUUCUAGCCUCCUGAAAUUGUGAGUGAGAUCCAAAGGGAUAGACCGAUCAUAUUUUGUAAUCCUUGAAUUGAAUCGAGCCAACAGAGCCAACCUUCUUGAUCUGUCUUUCUUGUUUUUGUCCCCAAAUUCCUUAUAUAUGGCCUCUUCCAAAAAGAAUUACCAUGUGUUUGUGAGUUUCAGAGGCACUGAUGUCCGCAACAACUUCCUCAGUCAUCUUUAUGCAGCUCUAGAUCAGAAUGGAAUAUUCACUUUUUUGGAUAGUGAGGAGCUCAGGAAAGGAAAGCAAAUAUCGCCGUCGCUUAUGAGGGCGAUCGAGGAAUCGCGUGUCGCGAUCAUUAUUUUCUCUGAAGACUAUGCUUCCUCACGGUGGUGUUUGGAUGAGUUGGUGAAGAUCAUGGAGUGCAAGGCACAAAAGGAGCUGAUUGUGUUGCCAGUAUUUAACAAAGUGGAACCAAGAGAAGUUAGAGGGGGGAGAGAGGCUUAUAGGAGAGCUAUCGCUAAGCAUGAGAUCAAGUUCGGGAAGAAUUCGGAGAAAGUGAAGAGGUGGAAGAAGGCUCUCCUCAAUGCUGGUAGCUUGUCUGGGUGGUAUAUUAGUGAUGGGUAAGUAAAUUGAUGUGACGCACUGCUUUGCCAUUGUUAGCCAGUGAUUUUUUGUUAUAUUUCAAACCGUAUGCAAUAGACUACCACUGAAAGC